AUGGUCACCUUCUGCCAGCAGCCCACUGGGUUUGUUGACCUGGCACUUCCCGACCACGUGUGCCUGCUUUCGCGGUCUUUGUACGAACUCAAGCAGGCUCCGCGCGCUUGGUACCAGCGCAUCACGGCGUUUCUACACCAGCUUGGGUUCCGUUCCACCCGCUCGGACGCGUCGCUCUUCGUCUAUCAUCAGGGCUCUGACACGGCCUACUUGCUGCUCUAUGUCGACAACAUCAUCCUGACGGCAUGUACAGCUGGCCUCCUCAGCCAGCUCACUGAUCGUCUUCGCGCUCAGUUUGCCAUCAAGGACUUGGGUCCUUUGCACUACUUCCUCGGUGUUGAGGUGGCGCGACGUCCGGAUGGCUUCUUUCUUCAUCAGCAGAAGUAUGCUCAUGAGCUCCUGGAUCGUGCUGGCAUGCUUAACUGCAAGCCCACCGCUACGCCUGUUGGUACGAAGGCCAAGCUCUCUGCCUCGGAUGGUUCUCCCGCUUCGGAUGCUGCAUUUUACCGGUCCAUCGUUGGUGCUCUCCAGUAUCUCACUCUGACUCGACCAGAGAUUCAGUACGCCAUACAGCAGGUGUGUCUUCAUAUGCAUGCUCCUCGGGAUGUUCACUGGGCCGCUGUCAAGCAGAUUCUUCGCUAUGUCUGCGGCACUAUGGAGCUCGGCAUCACGCUCUCCGCCUCCGCCGACACCGCCCUCACCGCCUAUACCGAUGCAGACUGGGCGGGCUGCCCUGACACUCGUCGCUCCACCUCGGGCUAUUGUGUCCUCCUUGGACCAUCACUCAUAUCAUGGUCGUCCAAGCGGCAGCCUACUGCCUCUCGCUCCAGUGCUGAGGCUGAGUAUCGUGCGGUGGCCAACGUCGUCGCCGAGUGUUCUUGGCUUCGCCAGUUGCUCCAGGAGCUCUCUUGUCCUGUGGAUCGUGCUACGGUGGUCUACUGUGACAACGUCUCGGCUGUCUACCUCUACGCCAACCCGAUAUCAUGA